AUGUCUUCAGAUAGGAAGAUGAAAAGUUUGUUAGCUCAACGUGAUAGCGCAAUUUCAAGACUCGAUGAUUUGAAACGAGUAGCAGAAAAUGCAUUGACCGAUAAUAAUGUUCAUGCAAAUUUCAGAUGUCGUUAUAAACAUAUUGACGUUAUUCUUGAAAACUUCGAAUCACUGCAUAAUGAAAUAAUUUCUUUAAGUGCUUCAGCGGAGGGAGCUGAUAUCAAACCACAACUUGAUCUGUCUUCGUCUUUUCAUGAUGAUUAUUAUUAUAUUCAGUCUGUUUACGAAAACCUUUUCGAUAAAUCUACAACGGAAAUUGAAAAUUAUUGUAAGGUUAGGUUGCCCAAACUCGAAUUGCCCACAUUUGAUGGCGACCUUAGGCAAUGGCAGACCUAUUCUGAUGUUUUCGAUUCUCUGAUCCAUAACAAUGCAGCACUGUCGAACAUUGAUAAAUACAAUUAUUUAAUCUCUUCUCUUGAAGGUAACGCUCUCUCUAUAGUCAAAUGUACUCCUGUAACUAGUGCCAACUAUUUAAUAGCUUAUUCUGCUCUCAAAAGGAGAUAUGAAAAUAAAAGAUUAAUUGCAGCCGCUCAUUGGCAAACAAUAGAAAGAACGAAACGCAUAAAUGUAGUAGAUAAUUUAUCUGCAUUACGUGUUUUACUCGAUACAUUUUCGGAAAAUCUCGCCGCCUUGGAAAAUCUUAAAUUUCCAGUUAAACAAUGGGACUUUAUCGUGUUUAGUAUGCUAUUUGAUCGUCUGGAUUCAGUAACGCAAACUAGAUUCGAGUUAGAACAUGGCUCACACCUCACUCUUCAUGAUUACUAUGAAACUUUGUUCGAAUUUUUAGAAAAACAAUGUAAUGCCUGGAAUAAUGUGGCUUUAUGUAAUUCAAGUAGCAAAAAGACUGACAUAGCAAAGUUCAAACACUCUGACCGGCACAUCUCUUCGAAAGUAGGAAUGAGCUCGAGUUUUUUGGUAGGUUCAUCUGCUUCUACAUCUGCAUGUUGUCGCUUAUGCUCAAAUUCCCAUAAUAUAUAUACUUGUCCUCAUUUUUUGAAUAAGUCCACUAAGGAAAGAUAUGCCUUAGUGAAGAGUAAAAAAUGGUGUACUAAUUGUUUGGGUGAUAAACAUACAGCGUCGAAUUGUAAUUCUAAGUCUGUCUGCAGACAGUGUUCUCUUCAGCAUCAUACACUUUUGCAUUUCGGCUCUGAAUCAGCAACCGAAUCACCGACAAUAAACACGACGAAUAUAAAAAGUUCCGAAGUUCGAGAUGCAUCUGUUAAUUUAUUCGCUAGCCCUGAUCAUACUAUAUUAUUGUCAACUGCUUUAGUUGAAGUACGCGAUAUUUCUGGAAAUUAUCAUAUUCUGCGCGCACUUCUCGACAGUGCAAGCCAAUCUUCGUUCAUUACGAAAAAAUGUUGCGAAACAUUGAAACUAAUCUCAAGUCCACUUUCUAUUUCUAUAAAGGGGGUGGGGCCAAUAACGGCAAAAGCAAAUCAGGGUGUUUCUUGUAAAUUAAAACCACAUGGCUUUGAUGAGCCUGUAUUGAAUGUAGAUUUUCUGAUCAUUCCUCAAAUUUGUACCAACAUGCCUCACGUCACUAUUCCGCGCAAUCAAUUUGAUAAAUUCACCAACUUACAACUAGCUGAUCCAUAUUUUAAUAAGUCAGCGCCUAUCGACUUAUUAUUGGGUGCGGAUAUAUUCGCUCAUGUAUUAAAAGGUACAGCCAUUCGAGGUUCUUCGGAUGAACCAGUGGCUCUAGAUACGGAAUUCGGUUAUGUUAUAAUGGGGAAGGUGAAUUUUGUCUCUAAUACUGUAAGUUCUGGGAGCUUGAACAGAUCAAAACUCGUGUAG